UACAAGGAGAAAAUGAAGGAGCUGUCUCUGCUCUCCCUCAUCUGCUCCUGUUUCCACACCCAGCCCCAUCCUAACACCAUCUACCAGUAUGGAGGUACAGUCCCUGUUUUUUCCCCCCCCAAAGAUAUGGAGGUGAAGCAGCUGGAUAAGAGGGCAUCAGGCCAGAGCUUCGAAGUGAUCCUGAAGUCCCCUUCAGAUUUAUCUCCUGAGAGCCCGAUCCUUUCCUCCCCCCCCAAGAAGAAGGACCUGUCCCUGGAGGAGCUGCAGAGGAGGCUGGAGGCUGCAGAAGAGAGGAGGAAGACCCAGGAGGCGCAGGUGCUGAAGCAGCUGGCGGAGAAGCGGGAACACGAGCGGGAGGUGCUGCACAAGGCGCUGGAGGAGAACAACAACUUCAGCCGCCUGGCCGAGGAGAAGCUCAACUACAAGAUGGAGCUGAGCAGGGAGAUCCGCGAAGCACAUCUCGCCGCCUUGAGGGAGCGGCUCCGCGAGAAGGAACUGCACGCAGCUGAAGUUCGCAGGAACAAGGAACAGCGGGAGGAGAUCUCUGGAUAAAGGGCUUUUCUACACAUCUAGCACCUGAUUCCUGUUAACAAACCAACCAAUCGACCAACCAACACAUUUUAUUUUGUUUGUCUAGAUGCAACAUUCGGUUCUCCAUCCCCCCCUCCCCUGGUGUUCGUCCCCCAGCUACACGCUUCUCUAUCUCUGCAUCCUUAAUCGUCAGUACUUGUGGGGAUUCACAGAUCAUAGGGACCUCUAAGCAGAAUAGCAACUAGUUCACAUGAAAUAGAGAAUCAAUCGAUCAAUCGGUCAAUCAAACAGCUUCUUUGGAGGGUUUUGUCCUUUUUUAAAAAAAUAUUUCUUAAACGGAUGUAAAAAAAAAAAUUAAGAUAUUAAUAAAUUCAACCAGCAGUGUCA